AUGAACAAGAGAAGGAAGAAGAUUAUCAGAGCAGCCAUGGUUACAACAAGUAAUGGCUCAAUAACCCAGCAAAAGCUGCAGCAGCAGUUGCCCAAUGAUUUGGUCUUUGGUUUGCUGAUGAAGCUUGAAAAGGUCAAGAACCUACACAAGUACAAAUGCGUUUCGAAAAGCUGGUGUUCAAUCAUCAGCAGUCCUCAGUUCCCUGCCAGUUAUCGAAGUUUUCACCGCGGUGGCCUUCUGAUUUCCAUCCCUGAACGCAUUGCCGGUCUCAGACAACUCUCUUUCUACUACUCAUCCGUUCUUGUUGAAGAGCAGCCCGUAGAGCCCUUCUUUUGCAGUUUUAAAAUGCCCGUGUCGAAAUUUUUUGGUGGAAUUACAGAGGUGAUCAAUGGGAUCACUUGUGUUUUUUAUCAGAACGUUGUGUUUGUCUGCAAUGUUUGUAGUGGAGAAAAGAUGAUUCUUCCAGACCCUGUUUUCCGAGAUCAUAAUUCUGUUAAUACUAGUACAAAACUCUUUUUGGGAUAUGAUGCUUCUAAUAGUGGGGUGUAUAAAUUGCUGAAGCUACGCAAAGUUGAAAGACAGGGCACCGAUUUUGAUGAGCUUGAAGCUGAAAUUCUCACUCUUGGUUGUGGUUCUUGUUCACGGAGAGAAGUACUGCAGCCAGUGGCAGGAAUUGUGGUUGAUGGAAUUUUUUCAACAGGGUACCUUUUAGUUAAAGGAGUAAUGUAUUGGAUUGUUAAUUGCCUUGAUAAUCAGCCAAGACUGGUUUCUUUUGACUUCAAGAAAGACAGGUUUGAUCUGAUUCAACCCCCGCCGGAUUACAAAUUUUUAGUCCAUCCAAAGGAAUGGCAAUUUGUGCAGUUCAAGGGACACCUAGGCCUGUUGAAUUCUGAUUAUGUCUGUUUUGGGGUUCACUUGCUAGAUCAUGAUGGUAAUGAAGCCAAAUGUUGGAUCAAGCAAUAUAUCCCCUGGCCACUUGGAUCAGAUUCAGAAGAGAGAACUGCCGUAUUUGUUGGCAAUCUUCCCACCGGCCAGAUAUUGUUUUCCAACCUUAAGUUACUAGAUCAGAAGAAGUCGAAGUCAGCUUGCGUGCCAAUUUAUUCAUAUGAUCAUCAGAAAAAUAGGUUUGAGAGGCUGUUGGUUGGCAGCCCACCUCAGAUACGUCAUGCUACAAAUUUUGGUGUUGGGGUAACUUUUCUAGAGGAAAAUCUUGCCCCAUUAGAUUUUUUGCUCAGUGAGGGUCAUUAG